UAGAUUUGAUGAUGACGUCGAUUAGAGUGCGGAUGUGGCGUUUCCUUUUACGCGUCAGAGACGCACUGAACUUCAGCAGCAGAAACAAGGUGCAGCAAUUAACAUUGUGUAAUGAAGGUGAUUCCAGAGCAGACUCGAUGAGUUUCAAUACAUGAGUGACUUAACUGAAGAUAGAUCAGUUUUUGCCAAACUGUGAGAGACUUCAAAACAACCUCAUUAUGAUAGACCUGAGCCAUCUGACAGAAGAAGAGCAGGCGAUGAUCAUGGCGGUUUUAAACAGAGACUCUGAACUGAAGAAAUCAGAGGAAGAACGAAUCAAGCAUUUGCAGAAAGAGGUCCCAGAGGAAGACAGACGUAAGUACAUGACAGGUGAAUGGUUUUACGAAGUGAAGUCGCAAAGACAUCAGGACAGAAUUCAUGGAUCAGACAUCAUCAUAGCAUCAAUGAAGCACCAACAGAAACCCACAAUUGAUGCUGCGUCUGCACUUGCGGACUAUUUAACAAGGUCAUGGGGGAAAAGUUCCAGUAGCUUUAACAAAAAGAACAGCGAUGAGAUCUCAGAGCAGCCAAUGGAGAGGCAGUUGCAGAAAGAGGACCCAGAGGAAGACAGACGUAAGCACAUGACAGGUGAAUCGUUUUACAAAGUGAAGUCGCAGAAACAUCAGGACGGAAUUGACGGAUCAGACAUCAUCAUAACAUCAUUGAAGCAACAGAAACCCACAAUUGAUGCUGCAUCUGCGCUUGCGGACUAUUUAACAAGAUCAUGGGGGAAAAGUUCAAGUAGCUUUGACAAAAACAACAGCGAUGAGAUCUCAGAGCAGCCAAUGGAGAGGGUAAACCAGGGUGGUACACCAGAGGUCCAGGAAGAAAGUUUAAACAGAUGCAAGAGAUCACCAUCUAAGCCGAGGCACAACCCAUUCAACAGUAUUCCAGUGGAGCCGGACUUUGAAGAGACAGGUAGUCGGUUUACCAGUGAAUCUGAACUCAGGAGAUCAUCUGCUGAUAUAGGCUUUGAUUCAAAAGUAAAACAUCAGGAACCAAACCACGCCGAAAAUAAUAGGGAGUUCUCUAACAUCGUGCCCAACAUAAUCCCUCGUCAAAAGCCAGUACCAAUGAAGAGGACCAAAAUCUUCAAACCCCAUGGCUCUUUAUCUGACAGUGCCAGCUCUGUGUCCAGCCAAAGUAUGUCAAUCCCGAGUACUUCCAACAAGAGUGUGACCACCACAGAAGACUCAGCUAUCAGAACUCCUGCACCAAGAGGUAUCCUCAAAAAUAGCUCCUGCGAGUCCACCCUUAAGAGCCAGCUGCCACAGCCAAUUCUGAACUAUGUUCACCCAAACAAUUAUCAAGAAAAGGAUUCUGAGGAGCGUAAAAAUAUUUUGGAAAGUAAGGAGGAACCAAGUAGGAGAUCACUAAGCGAAGAGCCACCCAAGUGCCCCUCACUGUCGAAGGCGCCAAAGUCACGUUUACCAGUAAUGAACCAGUCGCAAAAGAUUAACCUUUCUCAGGCCACACAGGAAACAGAGAAAAUACAAAAGCGUCCCAGUCUGAACUCAAUCCCAAGAGUAGAUGAUGACAAGAAAGUGGAAGACAGUUUGAAACAGCAAAGAAAUACAUAUAAUUGUCUUCCUCUGUCAUCAAGUAUAGAACGUGGGGACCAAAACAUAUCUGAUAAGAUUAUGGAGACUUCUCCUCAUGAGAAUGCAAGGACCACCAACACUAUAGAAGCACUGGAUGUGAUGACUACUUCUAAACCUACACAGCAAAGAUAUGAGACUGUCGAGAGUCACAUGACCGUCUUACCAAAUGUGCAAAUGACAAGAGAAGAAGAACAUCUUGGGACUCCUGAUGAUCAACAAUUUCCCAGUUCUCUCAACAUAGCAGAUUCUUCCAAGAUAGGAAAUUCUUCUACUGAUCUGGAGCCUGAGAGCAGCCCGUCUGCAUUUAAUAUAAAAUUAAAUACUAAAAAUUCAUUUGAAUCACAGCCAGCUGUCAUGACGGAUUCACCCAUUCACACUCCUAGUGCUGAACACGGAAAAUCCAUCACCAAAGUUCUUGAGUGGUUCAGCAGAAGCUCAGACAGCAGUGAUAUGUUUGAUGUGGAUAGUAAUCGGGACAUGGAGGAGGACCCUAAAAUUGAUGACAUAGACUUGGAGGAUGCAGCUAAUUUGAGAGUCAAAACAAGGGAGAAUGUGUACCUGAUCAUGCCACGCCAAAGUGAAGAGAAUCCGUCAGAAGUUAAUUCCGUAUUUUUACAAGGGACAGACUGGGCACAGGAGAAGAGUUUUGACAAAGUACGUCAAACUACUCCAAAACCACGGAGAAGGUCUGAGUCCACUCAUAAACAAUCUCCCAUUAUGAACCCUUCAACUAACUUUACUUUUACAGACAUCCCAAACACUGUCACUGAAUCAGAGGACAAUGUAUUUUGGACUCCAGAUGAAAAUAAGCAAGAUGCUUUUAUCAAGCAUGACAGAAGAGAAGAACCCAAAGUUAAACUUGAAACUAAUGUUAUCAAAGUUCAUCAACCUAAAGAAAGAACAAGUGUUACAGAAGAUCAAGGACCAAAACUUGCAAAUCUGAAAUCAUUCUGGGAGAAGGAAAACACUGGUCCAAAGAUUUUGAUCGGUAGAUCUAAUGUACCUGCUAAAAAUGAACCUCUCACACUUGAUGUCAGUACAGAGUCAAAUAAAGGUGGGAAUGACAAACUAGAGAAGAACUUGAAAUCUCCAGAACAUCAAAUAAAUGAGACAGUGAGUGUUGUGGAAGUAUCAGACUUUAAGGAUGUAUUGAGUACAAACACAAUCCAGUCUGUACCCAAUGUUACAGGUGACUCGAAAGUUUCCCAAUUGAUCUAUUCCAAUCCAAAAAAAGACCAAAUACUCUCAAGCUCUUCCACUGACAAAUGCGCUACCUCUGUUCCACGUUUAAAAUCAUCAUCAUCAUCCCUAGAUAGUGGAUCUUUGUUGGCUCAUCAAGACAUUGAAAGUGUGGGAGGCACUGUAAGCAUAAACAAUAGUGAUGGGGAUUGCACCGCACCUAAAGUUUUAGAGACGAAAUCUACUACUCCACCAAGGCCAAUUCCUUUCCCUCGUGCUAAGCAGACAGAAAACAUGGUGGACAAGAUCAAACAACUCAAGUCCUUCUGGGAAAAUGAAAAAAGCACAUCGGCUCAAAAGAGUAAACCCUCAAUGGCUUCUAGUGCUAAGCUGAACAAAAGAUUUACAAAGUCUGAGUUUGAUCUCACUACAGUAGGUACUGAAUUUGAUGAUGUUUUUGAGGAUGAUACUAAUGAUAAAGGUAGUCUAUCUCCUGGUUUCUCCAGGAAUACAUCACGGCCAGCUGUGAUAGAAGGUAUGAGUACUUCACAAUUUAAAAAUCUCAGAGACUUCUGGGGAGGAUCACCUCAAAACCAAAUGGGACAAACCUCACCAGUUUCUAAAAGUGGAAUUCAGAGAACUUUUGGCCAACCGAAAAAGCAUAGCAAAUCAGUCGAUACAUCUAAAGAGACAGAUUCCUUUAUAGACGCAACUUCACAUGCACAAGUAAAAAUGUACAAUAAACAAUCAGAGAGCCAGACCAAUACCAAACAAGCUGGACUUAAUGCUUCUGCAAAGAGGAGAGAUACUACAAGACAACAAUCUGGAUCAAAAAGCAGUUCCUCAAAUGUGGACUCGGAUGAAGCAAUCUCCCAUGGUGUGUCUCAUCCCGUUCAGACUUCUGUGAAACAUAUAACACCACCUAAACCCUCUAUAGGUCAAGAAUCACAACCCCAACAGAGAAAAAGCAGAGGAAAAGGCCGUCUGAAUGUUAAAAUCAAUUCAAUUCGACGUGCCUCUAGCAUGUUCUCUAUUAACACCGAGGUUGAGGAGCAAAGCCAGGACUCCAAAACAUCACAGAGUCCUAAUCUUCAUCAGGUGACAAAUACUACAGAAAACAACAUGGCACCAUCCAAGAAAACACAAGAAUCUAGCGACACCCUGCCAAAAACACCCUCAGAAUAUUCUCUGCAAGACAAAGAGGGGAACAUUCAGACUAGACCAUCGCGUACAUCCGAAGAGACUGAUGUUCAACCUCUUGCUAGGUCUUUUAUUCCUCCCGAUUAUCAGCACUAUCUUGGAAUCACAGAGAAAAGUGAUAUGUACACUCCACCUUCGGUUACAAGGCAGAUGGAUGAGGAUGACUUCCUUUGUACCUCAUUCACAACCUCCACAGAGACUAGCUGCAAAUGUAAAUGUUCCCCUGUAAGAACCAGUACUCCCGUGCCAGGUUUUCCUGACCUUCAAACCAGGAGAGGAAGCCUGGCUCAAACUGAUGGACAUGUAUGUCAUAAUGCUUCUCAGAUCAGUGCACCAGAUACCCCAUCCCGCACAAAGGGUAACAUAAACUGCGAUGAAAGUUUGGUUCAGAAAGUCUUGAAAAGAGCUACAACUAGACCUGUGUACCAUAAAAGCAUGGACAAUAUCAGCACAUCUCCUGGCCAAAAUAUCAAGCACAUGGACGACUUUGAGCAGGUCCCUAGCACAUAUGUCCAGACUUCCUUCACCACCUCAGACUCAGAGCACCUGAAACAACUUAGCAAAUCAGUGCCCUCCUUUCUGCAGAAAGAGAUCGAUGAAGGAGAGAGUGACUCAGAGAGUUCCUGCAGCGGCGUCCCUCUGAAAAACUUCAGACAAUACACAAACCUUGACAGCUGCUCUGGCUUUGCAUCAAUGUCAUCUGUUAGCGGCAGCGUUGCGAGUGUCUAUAGCAGUGACUACGGCAGUGUCGAAGUUCAAGGCAUCAUUCAGUUUUCACUGAACUAUGUGCAAAAGUUGCGGGAGUUUCACAUUUUUGUGAUUCAGUGCCAGAAUCUUGCAGCAGUGGACAUGAAGAAGAAUCGAUCAGACCCGUAUGUCAAAAGUUACCUCAUACCUGACUCGGCCAAUCUGGGAAAAAGAAAAACGUCUGUGAAGAAGAAAACUUUGAAUCCUACAUACAAAGAGAUUCUUAGGUACAGAGUCCAAAAGGACUACUUGAAGUCUCAGGUUCUCAACCUUUCAGUGUGGCAUCAUGACACAUUUGGCCGUAACAGCUUCCUGGGAGAGACAGAGUUUGACCUCUCAUUAUGGAAUUUUAGUGAUACAGAGAGGAAGUUUUUGCCUCUUAAACCCAGGAAUCGCUCCGGUCAGUCUUUAACCAGUCUCCAGCCCUCCGAUUUAAGAGGACAGAUAAGAUUAGCUGUACGAUUCCUUCCCCAGAUCUUCCAUUCUAAAUCUGUUCCUGGCACAGGUGAAGUGCAUAUCUGGGUCAAAGACUGCAAGAAUCUCCCUCUUAUCAGAAGCCCAUCAAUUGACCCAUAUGUAAAAUGCUUUGUACUGCCCGACACCAGCAAAAAGAGUCGUCAGAAAACAAGGGUGUUAAAGAAGACAACCAGCCCCAUGUUUAAUCACACCAUGGUAUAUGAUGGGUUCAGAGCAGAGGACCUGAAAGAAGCCUGCAUUGAGCUCACAGUUUGGGAUCGGGAUCGUUUAGCCAAUCAUCUGCUCGGAGGCCUAAGACUUGGGAUGGGCACAGGAAAGAGUUAUGGAGCCCUUGUGAGCUGGAUGGACUCUACACCGGAGGAGGUGGAUUUAUGGAGACGAAUGAUGGAGUCUCCCAGUGAAUGGGUAGAAGACAUAUUACCACUGAGGAUGCUAGCACCAGAGAAAAAAGCUUGGAAAUGAGAUUACAGUCAACCACAGAGUUUAUUACUACUAUCAGUGUAUAUAUUUCUACACAUUUACUAUUUCGCACAUUAAAUAUCCUAUUUAUAAUAGGUUAGGCUUUUCCCAGCAAUUUGUAUGUUUAACCGAGUCAGAAAAAAACAGUUAAGAAGCCCAAUUUAAUAAAUAAGACAAUGCUAUAUUUAGUCAGUAUUUAUGUAUUAGUUUGUGGUUAGUUUGGAAUAGCGUCUAGCAUCUAGCUACUAUUUCUUAAAGGGGAUAUUUCACAAGACUUUUUUAAGAUGUCAAAUAAAUCUCUGGUGUCCCCAGAGUACACAUGUGAAGUUUUAGCUCAAAAUAUCAUAUAGAUUAUUUAUUAUAGCAUGUUAAAAUUGCCACUUUGUAGGUGUGAGCAAAAAUGUGCAGUUUUUGGGUGUGUCAUAUCGUAAGGAGCGAUAUGACAUCACAAGGGGAGCCAAAUUUUAAUGACCUAUUUUUCCACAUGCUUGCAUAGAAUGGUUUACCAAAACUAAGUUACUGUGGGUUGUUCUUUUUACAUUUUCUAGGUUGCAAUGGGGACCCAAUUAUAGCACUUAAAUAUAAAAAAGUCUGAUUUUGAUGAUAUGUCCCCUUUAAAGGGAUAGUUCACUUAAAAAUGAUGAGUAAAUAAACAGCAAAUUUUCACAUUCUCUUUAAAGAAUACAGUAUAUGCUGUACAUAGGUGAAUAUGUAUGUACACAACAUACAAAAGAGCACUAUAUUGUAUUUCACCUUUGACUUUUAUUUCCAGUGUAACAAAUUUUACUUUACAUAAUGUGAUUACUGUGAAAAAAAUAUAAUUUUGGAUGGAUACUUUUAUUUAAAAAAAGAAGAGACAUUAAACAUAACAAAAUCACAA